CAAGGGGUCCAUUUAUCCCCUCUUUAGGGGGGAAAAGCCAACUCUUUAUACAUUUUUCAUAUCAACAAAUAAUUUCGUGAUCGAGUAUAAAAAACGUUUAUAAUAUGAUCAAUUGUAUCGAUUGAGUUACAAAUUCUCCGAUUUAGCUCUAUUUACAACGAAAAUAGUUGUAAAUCCGAUGGAAAAUCGUGGUAGAAAGAGCAAUUCAGGUGACAGAUUUUCAUUUCCAACAAUUAUGCCGGUUCAGGAAGGAGAAGAAAUGGAAUUUGAAUUUUCCGGUAGUGUUUCGCCGGGAUCUCCGAAAUCUCCGGCGGAUCAUUUGUUCUUCAAUGGACGGUUAUUGCCGCAUUAUUUCCCCUGUCAACCGGUAAGUAAUAUCAAUAGUCCGAUUUCAUUUUCGCGAUCAACGAGCAGAACAAGUAAUGCUAGUAGCAGAGAUUCGCUCUGGUCCUCGCGCAGCAACAGCACGAAUAGUCGUAGCAGUUGCAGCAGUAGCGCGAGGACCAGCACGAGCGAAUCUUCUGAAAGAAAAUUGAUAAAUCAAGGGAAGAAUUCAGCGUUUGCUAUGUAUAGAAAUUCGUCAAAUAAUAUGAAUUUUUCGACUACUCUGCAUACUGGAAUUUCGCCUAAAUGGCAGUUUAUUGUGACACCAGCACCAGUUAUGAAGAAAAAACACCAAUUUUCAGCUCCAGUUAUGAAGAAAAAAGGGCAAUUUGUUUCGAAAUCUCAGAAACAGAGUGCGAAAGGAGGCAAAGAGUUGAAGUCGAGGAAACAGAGGAAGGAAAAUGGUAAAAGAAAAGUGAGAUUUUGGCUUUUGCGUAGAGUUUUCAGGAAGUUUAUGUCAACUUGCAGAGAAUGUCACGCUAUGGAACCAACAAGAAGAGAGAGGAUUUCUCGUCGUUGAAAGCUAUGUUGCUCGGAUUUUUCCAAAAUAUCGAUGGCAAUGGGUACAUGUCAGAUAUUCAAAAAAUAGUGCAUUUUGGAGAAUCGAAUACGAGCAACAUAGGUUGAAAGAUUGACAUUACUAAUUGAUUGGCAUGUGUGGUGAUGAUUGGCUAAAUUUUUAACUUUGGUAAUUAUUGAUUUAUGAUUUUGGGAGAUAAUAUUUUUCUGAAGUCAUGUAAGUGAUUAAGCUUUGAUUUGUGCAAGGUUUGUGAUAAACCUUCUAUGUCAAAUAGAUUUUGAUCAUGUUUUGUUUCCUAAUCUCUUUACUUGCUUUUUAUAAUCACCUUGUAUAC